AACUUGGCUAAUUGUGCACCUCACAGUCGAACAACCGUUCAGCGCUCACCAACUUCUCUUAAUUUUCCAGCCCAAGGCUUGACGGGCCUGCUUUACAAUGGCUGUGGAACCAUUAUUUGGGACGAGAGCCCAAAAAGCUUUCAUCAUCACAAUCGCAGUCCAGGCUAUCGUGGUGAUAACUAUGGUCGCAUUAACAUUCGGAAUAGUUCAAGCCGACGCAGGGUCGACCUUUACAGAACUUGGGUACAAGACAUUGCCAUGCUACCUGGCUCUUUUUAUUCUAGCAGAGAUAUUCGAAUUGAUAAUGGCAUUCGAUGCUCUACGGUUACGGAACAUUAUCCAGCUCAUGGGGAUUGUUCUCUUCCAUGGAGCUCUCAUCGUCUUUUCGGCUCUUCAAGUCCACGAAACCCACGUUGCUAUAUUUAAUUGCCAGCCUAAAUGCGUCUCAGAUCCCAAUCAUGUGUGGAAUAAGGUUCAAAAUAUCCUGAUUGUCGCUCCCUGCAUAGUUGCUGCGUCAUGGUUCUUUCUGAUGUUCUGGAUCAAGCAGCUGUAUGCUGAGUUCGGAUGGGUGAUCUUCCAUGUCGUGGGUGCAAACCCAAAACUCAAGUCGAUGUAUCAAUUCUACCAAAUCUUCAUCUGCUUACUCAAAUUCGACUUCUUCUGUUUUGUGGGGGUGACUAUGCAGCUUCUCAUCGUUAUCCUCAACAAGAAUUCUGCUGAAUUCGGAGUCACUGUUGCUGCAAUUCCUAUUGUUUUGUUGCUUUUGGCCGGUUGCGCACGUGCUGUCAAGCACGAAGUCAAGUUGUUGAUGAUUUUUUCCCUUGCGUUGAUGCUGCCUUCGAUGUCCUAUUUGUACAAACUCGAUCGCUUCUAUGCCCCUUCCUCCGCGCAAGAGUACGUAUCAACUCGCGCCACAUUGACCGUAUUCACCGUAGUCGCCUUCCUGCUCCUCUUGGCCUCGCUUGCAAUCGGAAUCAAGUGUUUCCGUGACUUUGACAAGGGACUACACGAGUCUAAGACGCAUGGUCAGUCUUACACCCCUGUCAAGAUGCAGGUUAUCGAUGCGUUUAGAAUGGGGGGCAUGACAGAGCGCCAGUCGUCAUAUUUCCCAGGCGGUGCUCCUCUUCAGCCACAGAUAUCAAUUGAGUGAUGCAUGACUAGUGCUUGGUAUGCACUUCACAGUGACUCGGGGAUUACAAUCAUGAGGAUAUGGACAGGGUGCGCUCUGCAUAUGUAACAAUUUGUUCUUCACUUGGAAGUGGAGAGGAUCUCUUUUGUCUUAUUUAGCGUUCCGGACUACAUCUUGCGUAAUUCGUGUCAUUGUAUACCCUUUCGAUUUCCAUCCCUUUAUAUGACAGUAUCUAACUAUGAUGCCAAUACGAGGCAAAACACUAUCCAAAGUUCAAAGUACUUCCUAUGAAAGAAAAUAAUUGAAACCUUUU